AUGGCCACCCCCAGUGUUCUCACCUUUGACGCUGAGGGUCGGGCUGUUGACUUUGAGGUCUGGGUAGAUGAUCUGCAGCUUUUCCUACAGUGCGAUAGGGCAGACGGUCUCUCCCUCUUUGACCUCACUUCUGGUGCCUCUCCUCCCCCUGCUGCUGAUGCUGACGCCACUGUUCGCUCACAGUGGGCCACGCGCGAUGCUGCUGCCCGCCUUGCUGUGCGCCGCCACUUGCCGACCGCUGAGCGUGCGCACUUUAGUCAGUACAAGAGUGCUAAGACCCUGUACGACGCUGUAGUUGCACGCUACUCUUCCCCUGCCACUGCUGCGCUUAGCCGCCUCAUACUGCCGUACCUCUUCCCUGACCUCGCCGCUUUUCCCACUGUCGCUGACCUCAUUACGCACCUUCGCACUAGUGACAUUCGCUACCGCGCUGCGCUUCCUGCUGAGUUCUGCGCCAAGAACCCCCCCCCCAUGUACAUCACCCUCUACUACAUAGUCACCCGGCUCCCUGACACCCUUCGCUCGGUCAGGGACCACUUUCUCUCUGUUUGCCCCACCACUCUCACCGUUGACCUCCUCGAGGAGCGUCUCCUAGCAGCAGAGCAGAGCAUAGUUGCUGUAGGAGCCUCUCGUGGUGACCCUCGUACCCCUGUCUUUGAGGGCGGGAGACGCCGCUCAGGCAAGGGCAAGGGGGGCAAGGGCGUUGGGGGAGCUGGCGGAGGCGGUGGAGGCGGCAGUGGAGGGAGCGGAGGGAGUGGGGGUGGCGGUGGGAGUGGUGGUGGGAGUGGGGGCACUAGUGGAGGCAGUGGCGGCGGAGGAGGAGGCGGUGGUGGAGGUAGCGGCGGCGGAGGUGGAGCGGGUCGGGGCGGCUCUACGCAGAGGGUCGGCUCCGGUGGUGGUCAGCGCCAGCAGCAGCAGCAGCAGCAGCGUGGUCGUGAGACCCCUUCCCCCCAGCAGCUUCGUGAGUGGUACACUGCUCGUCAGCGGGGCGGGGGUGCUGGCCCCUGUACCUACGUUCUCCGUACCGGCGACCGCGCGGGUGAGCAGUGUGGGGGGGCGCACUCCACCCAGCGCUGUUUCGGCCGUCUGACGGACGCUUGGCGUCACCAGUUCCCCGACGCUACUGAGAUCCCUCGCUGGGGCGAGCUGUCUAGGGCGGGUGUUGCGAUCUUUGAUCUUGAUUAUGAUGCUAUUCUUGCUGCCAUGUAUGCUGUGACUAUUAGUGAUGAGGGUGACUGUUACCGGUGUUUUCCGCCUGACCCGGGCAUUGAGGCUGCUGCUCUAGGUGCUUGUGAGGCUGCUGCUCUAGGUGCCAGUGCGUCUGCCGCCCCAGGUGCCGGUGAGUCUGCGCUCUCAGGUACUGCGUCGUCUCCGGACACCCACACCUUCACCCUUGACUCGGGUGCUUCCCGCUCCUUCUUCCGAGACUGCACCACACUCACGCCGCUUAGUCGGCCAGUGGCGGUCUCCCUGGCAGACCCCUCUGGGGGCCCUGUCCUUGCCCGCUUCUCCACUGUCCUACCGUGUCCGGCGGCCCCUUCUGGCACCCUGUCAGGUCUUUACCUCCCCUCGUUCUCUACGAACUUGGUGAGUGGUGCUGACCUCCAGGAUGCAGGGGUUCACCAGUUCACUCCUGCGAGUCAGCGAGUGACCCACUGUACCUGUGCUCGGUCGGGCCGUCACUUGGCCACGUUUACCCGUCAGCCGGGGUCGAGCCUGUACACACUGACCACUGAGUCUCCUCCAGUCGCUGAGUCUGCUCAGGUAGCAGCGUCGGGUCAGGUGUUUGCUGCGGCGUCCAGGUCUGGCCCUGAGUCUGCCCCCUGCUCGUGUCGUCUCCUGUCCCACCGGACUCUCCUCUGGCACCACCGCCUUGGUCACCCCUCCCUGCCUCGUCUUCGAGGCAUGGCUUCCCGUCUUCUUGUCUCUGGCCUCCCCCGGUCCCUCCCUCCCCUUCCUCCGGGGCCUGCCCCCACCUGCGUUCCCUGCGUCGAGGGGCGGCAGCGCGCUGCUCCUCACUCCUCCGAGUUUCCUCCGACAGAGGCUCCGCUGCAGACGCUUCACAUGGACGUGUGGGGCCCAGCCCGCGUCCGUGGGCAGGGUCACGAGCGUUACUUCCUGUUGGUGGUUGACGACUACUCGCGUUACACCACAGUCUUCCCCUUGCGCAGCAAGGGUGACGUCACUGAGGUGUUGAUCGCCUGGAUCCGCGCAGCUCGUCUCCAGCUCAGGGAGAGUUUCGGCUCGGACUUUCCUGUUCUGCGUCUGCACUCUGACAGAGGCAGAAAGUUCUCCUCUGACCUUCUGCGGGCCUUCUGUCGUGCACGAGGCAUCCGCCAGACCUUCACGCUUCCGGACUCUCCACAGCAAAAUGGGAUUGCUGAGCGCCGCAUUGGCAUGAUCAUGGACGUCGCUCGUACGUCCAUGGUCCAUGCGGCUGCCCCCCAUUUUCUGUGGCCGUUUGCGGUUCGGUACGCGGCACAUCAGAUCAACCUUCACCCCUGGGUCUCCAGGCCGGAGACCUCCCCUGCUUUACUGUGGACGGGGAAGGCUGGCGAUGCGUCUGCAUUCCGGGUCUGGGGAUCUUGGGCGUUUGUCCGCGACUUGUCUGCGGACAAGCUGUCCUCUCGUGCUGUUCCCUGCGUCUUCCUUGGCUUCCCUCCUGACGCGCCAGGCUGGCAGUUCUACCACCCCACCUCGCGCCGUGUUCUGUCCUCCCAGGACGUCACCUUUGACGAGUCGGUUCCCUACUACCGUCUCUUCCCCUACCGCACUGCGUCCCUCCCUCCCCCGCCGCUCUUCCUUACGCCAGGUCCCCCUCCGGUAGACCCCCUCCCCCCUCAGGGUCCUGCCCCCUCAGGUGUGUCCCAGGUAGAUGCGGUCGAGCCUGUCGAGGUAGCUGUUGACUCUGGUGCUGCUGGGGGUGCUGGGUCUGGGGGUGCUGCGACUGGGGGUGCUGAGCUUGGGGGUGCUGAGCCUGGGGGUGCUGAGCCUGGAGGUGCUGCGUCUGGGGGUGCUGAGCCUGGAGGUGCUGAGCCUGGAGGUGCUGCGUCUGGGGGUGCUGAGCCUGGGAGUGCUGCGUCUGGGGGUGCUGAGCCUGGGGGUGCUGCGUCUCGGAGUGCGGAGCCUGAGGGUGCUGGGCCUGCUCGUGUGGCGUCUGGUGGUGCUGGGCCUGGAGGUUCUUCGGGUGCUUCGUCCCGGCGGGAGCUACUCUCUCCACAGGAGCUGCGUGAGUGGUUUGCCCGGCGCUCGAGGAGUGCUGCUGGAGCUGGCGGUACUACGGACGCUGGAGGUUUUGCUGCUGCUGAGGGUGCUGGUGCAGCGGGUCCCGGAGGUGCUCGUACAGGGUGUACUGGAGCUGCUGGGCCUACGGGUGCUCCUGGUGCUGGAGCUGCUGCGUCUUUUGGUGGUCCGACUGGAGCUGGCGCUACUGGGGGUGUUGGCACUGGAGGUGCUACUGGCGCUGGUGCUUCUGAGGGUGCUGGAGUUGGCGCUGCUGGAGCUGGGGGUUCUACUGGUGCUGGUGCUGUCGUUGGGGGUGCUGGUGCUGUUCCUUCUGGUACUGGUGGCGCUGUGCGGCCACGGCCGUACUUUGUUCCGCUCCUUGAGCAGGUUCUUGGUCUUCCGUCCUCUCUUGGUCCUGCUCCUGGCUUAGAGUGUCCGCCUCCUGUCCAGUCUGAGUCACAGUUACAGCCAGCCUCCCCGCUUCCUUCUCCUUCUCCCUACACUGGUCCUACUGGAGGUCUUGCUGAGCGUCGUGAGCCUGCGUCUCGCCCUGCGUCGCCUGUCCGUGCUGCUCGCACUGGUCGUCGUGGUUCGCGUCAGCGUCCUCCCCCUGUCCCCGGCACGCACCGGAUGUCUCUGCGUCCUUCCACUGCUCCACUGCGUGCCCCUUUGCCUUCUCCUCCCGCGUCCUCUCUUCCUGCACUUCCUGACCCGGAGUCGCACUCCCUUCAUGCUGCGCGUCCUACUGUCACGCGUCUCCUUGCUACUGUCGUCACUGACCCUUCCUUUGAGUCUACUGCUGCGUCUGCCCUAGUUGCUGAGCUUGUCGACUUCGCUGCUCGCUGUCGCCUAGACUACGCUGCCAGUCUUGUCGCUGAGUCUGAGUCUGUCUGUCCUCCGUCCGUCGGGGGUGAGUGUGCUCUUGGCACGGACGUCCUUGAGGACAGGCAGGAGGAGUUCCAGUGCUUGGCUGCUGCUUCACCUCAUCUCGUGUCCAUGCUGCUUGCCCCUGAGGGAGACCCGGAGGCACUCAACAUCCUGACUCCGCGCUCUUACGCUGAGGCGAUAGAGGGUCCCUACUCCUCUCACUGGCAGACAGCCAUGGACGUAGAGAUGGCUUCCUGGAAGUCCACAGGCACCUACGUUGACGAGGUUCCCCCGCCUGGGGCGAACAUCGUCAUCAGCGGCAUGGAGAUGACCACUCUUCGGGUACUGCUGCACAUAGCCGCUCACCGAGACUACGAGCUGCACUCUCUUGACUUCAGCACUGCUUUCCUGCAGGGUAGCCUGCACGAGGAGAUCUGGCUGCGCCGCCCACCUGGCUUCACUGGGACUUUUCCUCCUGGCACCCAGUGGAGCCUCCGGCGGCCAGUCUACGGUCUCCGCCAGGCACCUCGUGAGUGGCACGACACACUGAGGACUACACUUGCGGCUCUUGGGUUUGCUCCCUCUACUGCUGACCCGUCACUGUUUCUGCGCACCGACACUUCUUUGCCGCCGUUCUACAUCCUCGUGUACGUCGACGACUUGGUCUUUGCUACAGCUGACACUGCUGGACUCGCCUACGUGAAGUCCGAGCUGCAGAAGAGACACACGUGCACAGACCUGGGUGAACUGCGCAGCUACCUUGGCUUGCAGAUCACCCGGGACAGAGCACAGCGCACCAUUACCCUGACUCAGUCACACAUGGUGCAGCAGGUCCUUCAGCGCUUCGGCUUCACGUACUCCUCGCCUCAGGCCACUCCUCUGUCUACACGCCACUCGCUCUCAGCUCUGCCUUCGGAUGAGUCCGUAGAGUCGAAUGGCCCGUACCCAGAGCUUGUUGGCUGCCUCAUGUACCUGAUGACCUGCACUCGACCUGACCUUGCAUACCCUCUUAGCAUUCUGGCACGCUAUGUUGCUCCUGGGAGACACAGACCAGAGCACAUGGCUGCAGCGAAGAGGGUGUUGCGCUACUUGUGCAGUACAUCGGGCAUGGGGCUUGUGCUUGGAGGGCAGAGUCCAGUGGUCCUCACUGGGCACGCAGACGCUUCUUGGGCUGACGACCAGGCUACGCAGCGGUCGUCACAGGGUUACACCUUCAACCUUGGUUCCAGCUCUGUUUCGUGGCGGUCUACCCGCUCGUCUUCUGUUCUCGGCUCCAGUUGUGAGGCUGAGAUCUACGCAGGGGCCAUGGCUGCACAGGAGCUACGCUGGCUCACCUACCUGCUGACUGACCUGGGAGAGCCGCCUCGUUCUCCUCCAGUGCUGUACGUAGACAACAAGGCCAUGCUGGCCUUGUGUCGGGAGCACAGACUGGAGCACAGAACGAAGCACAUCGCUCUUCGCUACUUCCUUGCUCGUGAGCUGCAGCAGCGUGGUCAGCUGCGCCUUGCUUACGUGGCCUCUCAGGCCAACACUGCUGAUAUCUUCACUAAGGCACUCGCGCCUUGUGAUCAUCAGCGCUUUUGUACUCUGUUAGGUCUUGUGCCUACCUUGCCUCACUUGCUCACUUCUUGA